AUGGACCCGAUCCAGAGCUUCUACUGCAAGUUGCGGUAUCUGGCCAGCACACUAGACUGCGAGACGGCCCGGCUGCAGCGAGCCCUGGACGGAGAGGAAAGCGAUUUUGAUGAUUAUCCAGUGGGAAUUUUACAUGAUCUUCAUUCAGAAGUCCAGACUUUAAAGGAUGAUGUUAAUAUUCUUCUUGAUAAAGCAAGAUUGGAAAGUCAAGAAAACAUUGAUUUCAUAAAGGCAGCAAAAAUAUUGAUGAAAAAAAAUUCAACAGAUAUCAUAAAAAUAAGAGAGUUUUUCCAGAAGUAUGGAUAUAAUCCACGUGUCAAGGAAAGUUCAGUUUGUGAGCAAGAACUCACUAACUCUACCCAAGAGAUGGCUAAAUGUGAGAAUUUUGAAAAGCCUGACGUGAAGGAUGAUAUGUUUGAUCCUUCUGUUCCAAGCAGUUCCGUUUCUAAGAAGAUUCCACGUAGUCCACAACUUUCGGAUUUUGGACUUGAGCGAUAUAUGGUAUCCCAAGUUUUACCAAACCCUCCACAGGCAGUAAACAACCAUAAGGAAGAGCCUGAAAUUCAAACUCCACCUACCAGUCAGUCACUAGUUAAAAUACUAAAAACUCCAAAAUGUGCUCUAAAAAUGGAUGAUUUUGAGUGUGUAACUCUUAAUGUAGAACAUUUUGGUAUCUCUGAACAUACUUUCUGUUUAAAUGAAGAUUAUACAAUGGGACUUAAAAAUGUGAAGAAUAUUAAAAGUGAGAAGACCCUAGAAAGAGAACCCAUGACCAAUAAUUUUUCUGGUACCCCUGGCCCCAUAAUUCAGCAGCUGGAAAAAAGUGAUGUCGAGUGCACAAAUUCCCCAUUGGCACCUACAUUCUGCACUCCUGGUUUGAAAAUUCCUUCCACAAAGAACAGCACAGCUGUGGUAUCCACAAAUUAUCCAUUACCAAAAAUAAAUAGUUCGUCAAAUGAUGUGGAAGUUGAAGAUUACACUCCACUAGUUUUAAAAUCAGAUGAGUGCUUUGAGAAUUUUAUGGAUCCCUUUUCUCCUACAAUUUCUUCUUACGAGAAUCUACUUAGAACACCUACGCCCCCAGAAAUAACUGCAAUUCCAGAGGAUAUUCUCCAGAUUUUGUCAAAAUGCAACUCAAACGUAGCUACUCCAGUAGCAAUGAAGGCAGUGCCACCCGGGAGAGGUUUCCUCAAAUACAAAAGACAGAAUACCCAAGAUGCUGGCGACAAAGAAAACUGGUGAAAGGUUUUGGUUUCAUUCUCUCACAUCAGCUCCUUCUAUCACAUGGCAGCUGA